AUGACGACUCCAACGAAUCGCGAGCGCUCCGACUCGUACGAAAAUGAGAAGCACUCAUUCCACACAGACGACAGCCUCCAGACAGCUACAGAUCCCAGUUCUGUGCCUCCCCAACAGGAGAAGAUGGCCCGCAUUAACACUGAGAACCUGCUCUCCCCUCCCGACGACGCACACCGCCCCAUGUCUCCACAAGAUAGCCGGGAGCAGGCCUCGCGUCUCAACGACGAUCUCGAAGUUUUGCGCGCCGAGCGUCUCGUUUCCAACCAGGAACAUGAGAAUUCCCAACGCCAGGGUAGGACCCGUGAACGCGAGCCCGAGGACGUCUUCGCUACCAACCCCACCGCCGCCGAUGCCGCAAAGGCCCCCCCUGAGCGGAAGGCCGGCGCCUUUGCCUUCGCCAUCUGGAAAUGGUUGAGGAAGUUCCCUCGAUUUAUCCGCUACGCUGUAUAUAUGAUCCCCGGAGGCGCUCUUCUCCUUAUUCCCGUUCUCCUCGGUCAUUUCGCCAUCGUCCCUGAGAAGGCAGCCAUCGGCGGCCCUAAUGGCGUCUAUCUCACCUGGUUCGGCAUCUGGCUUGAGGUCAUCUGGUGCUCACUGUGGGCUUCGCGCAUGAUCACGAGUUUCAUGCCCCUCAUCUUUGGCGGCAUCGCCAUAGUCAUGGGCUCCAGCAACCACAAGAAGUGGAAGGACAUUGGCCAAGGUCUCGAGCUGCAUACCGCACUCUUCAUGUGGAUGCUCGGGAUACUCAUCUCGUACUCGCCCAUUCUCAACGGCCACCGCGUUUUGCCAGAUGAUUUCAACCCGGACGAGGACAGCCUGCCCUCCGUCCAGUGGAUUAACGUUGUCCAGAAGGUCAUCAUUGCAUUCUUUGUCUUGGCUGCCCUGAACUGGGUCGAAAAGAUCUGCAUUCAGUGGAUUGCAACCUCGUUUCACCAGCGCACCUACGCCCAGCGAAUCGAGACCAACAAGAGCGACAUCGAUCACCUCGUCCAUCUGUACGAGCAUUCCAAGACGCGAAUCCAUCGCGAAGACUCUAUCUGGCUCACGACGGAGAAUGUCAACAGGUCAGGCGCUCGUACUCCAAUGGGCGUGGUGGGCAAGAAUGUCCGAUCAGCCUUCAACAAGGCCGGCGGCAUGGCGGCCCGAGUUGGGAACGACUUCAUAGGACGCAAGGUCGCCUUCAACCAUGCCCGCAAGAUCACCUACGAGAUGCUGCGUAACACUGGAUCGGCUCAUGCCCUCGCCCGCCUCAUCUUCCGCAGUUUGGUCAAGGACGGCCAGGACACCAUUUUCCUUGAAGAUAUGCAGGUUGCCUUCGCGACCCCAGAAGAAGCAGAGCAUGCCUUCGGCAUAUUCGACAAGGAUCUCAACGGCGACAUUUCGAUGGAGGAGAUGGAGUUAACCUGCAACGAGAUUCACCUGGAACGCAAGGCUAUUGCCGCCUCUCUGAAGGAUCUCGACUCCGUUAUCAAGAAGCUCGAUAAGGUCUUCCUCUUCAUCAUUGUCAUCAUUGCCAUCAUUGUCUUCAUCUCAAUUCUCUCGGGCUCGGCCGCCGCCGGCCUGGCUUCGGCCGGUUCCAGUUUCCUCGGUCUCGCUUGGAUGCUUCAGGCCACGGCUCAGGAAUUCCUGCAGUCCAUCAUUUUCGUCUUCGUCAAGCACCCCUUCGAUGUUGGUGACCGAGUUACUGUCUACGGUAACACCGGUACCUUGGGAACCGGCGAUGAUUACUACGUAACCGAGAUCUCCCUGCUGUACACCGAGUUCAAGAAGAUGGAGGGCCAUAUUGUCCAGGCACCCAACAGUGUCCUCAACACUCUUUUCAUCCUGAACCAACGUCGCUCGGCCGGGCUUGCUGAUCCCAUCGAGCUCAAGCUUGGUUUCGGCACCGACCCGGAGCUCAUUGAGGAGCUCAAGUCUCGUAUGCUCAACUUCUGUCUCGAAAACAAGCGAGACUACCAACCACGCAUCAUCACCGAGGUCAAGACUCUCAACGAGGUCCAGUCCUUCACAAUGAACUUGAUCUUCUUCCACAAGUCCAACUUCCAAAACGAACUCCUCCGUCUCCAGAGACACAACAAGUUCGCCGCACAGCUGAUGGCCGAGGUUCGCAGUGUUGGCCUCCAGGGCCCUUGGCAGGUGCAACCCGGUGGUUCCCGCAACACCCCCUUCUACUGGGCUGGCGGUGCUCCCCCGUCGUACGACUCGUCCAAGUCCACCCCUGGUCCCAGUGGCAACGAGCCUGCCACGCCUGGCGAUACCCAGUCGAACCACUCCAACACUCAGUCCGCCGUCGGUAUCUCGGCUGUUGCUACUCGUGCUCGCGCCGACUCGCGCACAGGUAUGGUGCCGUUUAUCGACGACAACUGGAGCGAUUUCCAGGACGUCUUUGAAGCUCGCAGGGAAGUCCAUCAGCCUCAUGUCGCACGGCUCCAAAGCAUCCGUGAGCGAUCCGAUCUUGAGCGCCCCGACAGCUCCACUUCUGCCGUAGCUGCGUCGCGGCAGUCUCAGGAGUCUGGCUCUCAGCGCCGCAGGUUUUUCAGCCGUCCACGAAGCUCCAGUAGGACGAAGCCCAGCGACAUUGUCUAG